AUGGAGCUGGUUAACCCUUUCCUCCCCACCCGCUAUGUGGCUGCAGCUCCCUUCCGUGCCCCGACCCUGCACCCCUCCCGCAUCUGGCCAACGCAGGUGGAGGUGCACUGGGAGGAGAUCCCGCUGGAGGAGCGAGGCGGCUUCAUCCGGAACUACACCAUCUCCUACCAUCUCCGCCAGCAACGACGGGGGAAGCGCCCAGGGCUCCGUCCUCACCAUCAGAACCAGAAGCUUAGACGACGACACGGUGGAACUGCUGCUCUCCUCCCUGUGCAUGGGGCUCGUGGCCCUGCUCCUCGCUGCGGCUCUGGCCUGCGUCCUCAAGCACCCCCUGGCCCGAGGACCGUGCCGGCGGAGCAGGGCGGGAGGCAGCGGGCGAGGGUUUCCGACUCCCCGUCCCACGCACUCGUCUGUGGCCGGCAGGACAAGGGGGUGACAACGUGCAAGUCGUUCCCGGAGGCCGCGUGGGCAGCAGAGGCCUCUAGCGCAGGAGAUAAAUACAGGCAGCCCCUCCAGACCAUCUUCGCCCCAGGAGACGUGGCCACCCCAGGCCGCUGCCCGACGGGAUGCCGAAGCAAGGUGGAGUAUUCUGCAGUGAUCGUCUGGGUGUAUCCUGGUGGCACCCCACCGAGCUCCGGCGCUGCCUGGCCCCUGUGCACUCCCCAGAGUCCCGAGAGCACUGGUCCGAGCCAGGAGCCUGGCCGGGGGGUCUGCUUCCAAAACCCAUCCUACGAAGCUCUGGAUGGGCCAUGCUGGCGAUCUGGCCAGCAGCCGGAUGCGGGGGUGGCCUCCUUGGGUGCAUUUCCGCUCCUGAGGACCGUGGUGGGGGAAGGGUCUGGAGACCCCCACCCUAACGGAGAUCACCCUGGGUGCACAUCCAGCCCUGUCGCACCCUAAUGGCCGCUCCCUGGGCAUGUGUGCGAGGAGGGAAGGCGAGCAGGCUGUCUCGCUGGACCCCCCAGGCGGGCAGAGGGGGAGCACGGAGGCAGAACGUCUCCCGUGGGAGGUGGGAGCGAGAGCCCUGCUGGUCAAAACGUGGCCUCAGUGAUAGCGGGGAGGCGAGCAAACAGGGCGUGUUGAGCUGGGUCUCCGUGCACCAGAAGGGG